AUGCAAGAGCGUGCGUGGUUGUGGCUCGGUCUUGGCCUCGGCGUCGUCCGUGCGGCCUGCCCGUACGAAGGCAUGUCUGGCACGAUCCUCGCCGCCGACGCGACCUGCGGCAAGGAGUAUAAAGUCUGUGGCGUCAACGCGAGCUGCGACAUCAUUACGCACUCGGUCAACUACACACUGCCGACGUACACGGGGUGGUCGGCCAUCGGCAACAUGGAGUCGUACCCGCUGGACGAGCUGACGGUCAAGGACUCGGAGGCCGUGACGAUUCGCAAAAUGUCGCUGCCAAAGACUCUCACCUACUUGACGUUUCACAACAUUUCCAAAAUCGACUUGGUCUCGUCGUCCGACACGCAAUGGGACUCGCUUGAUACACUGGAGUUUACGAGCUGCCCCGUGACGUUCCCCAACACAAUCAAAUGGCCUGCCCGCCUCGACACCAUCAUUUUGAGGAACAACUCGAUGAACAAUAUUCCCAACAACCUUCCAACUACGCUCACGCAGCUGGGCAUCCAGGGCAACCUUCUCGUCGAUCUGGUCUACUUGCCAAAGUCCCUCGCACUCCUGAAUUUGGAUUCCAACUUUCUCAAGAGCAUUACGGACUUUGACUGGACGGCGUUGACGUUCUUGCGCCUCUCUCAGAACGAGGUGCUCGAAGCCAUCGCACGCGUCAAGCUCUCGACCAAGCUCACCUACUUUGACGUGGCCAACUGCACGCGACUGACCAACCUCACGAUCGACACCAGUACGUACGAUGCGCUGAGUGCGCUCAAGCCGUGGGGCGGCAACGACGACGACUACACGGGCUUUGUCGUUACGCAAGCCAUCAACACGGAUGCGUCGGCCUGCACAGCGAUCGGCGGCAAGAGCCAAAGCCUCUGGAAGGCCACGGCCAAGUACCCCGUGACAGUCUGUGUCCUUGCGGGCAACGCGACGGAAUCACCGUCCAGUACCUCCAGCGGCUCUCAGACAGGUCUUAUUGUCGGCGUCUCUGUCGGGGUCGUUGCGCUGGUGGCGGUUGUUGCCUUUUGCGUCAUCAAGCGCCGCAAGCAGCAGUCGACACCACCGGCCCAUUUCGAGUACGGACGGCAGACCAACCCGGGCUUUGGCAACAAUACGAACGGCACCGGCGGCCUCAAGUCUAUUGGUACCAACGGCACGGGUGGACCAACCAUUGGCACCGGUCCAACGAACGGCACCUCGGGCUCGCGUGGUGCGCUGCAGUACACGGACGCCGACGUCGUCUUGAACGUCAAGCCGCUCCUCCACCACCGACUCGAGCUCUCGGACCUCUACGUCACGUCCAACAAACCGCUGGCGUCCGGCGCAUUCGGCGAAGUCUGGCUCGGCACAUACGGCGGCAAGCAAGUCGCGAUCAAGCGCAUGAAGAACCAAGAGGCGCGCAUGGUCCAAAAGUUCAUUGAUGAAAUCGUGCUCAUGUCCCAGAUGGACAGCGACUACAUUGUCAAGUUUGUCGGCGCCAGCUGGACCCGCCCGAUCGAGAUCGAGUGCGUCGUCGAGUUCAUGGACCUCGGCGACCUUCGCAGUUACCUCGUGAACCAGUCGCCGGCGCAGUUCAGCUGGGACCAAAAGCUCAACUGCAUCAUCAGCAUCGUCCGCGGCCUUGUCUACCUCCACACGUACAAGCCGCCGAUCAUCCACCGCGACAUGAAGUCCCGCAACGUCCUGUUGGACUCGGUCAAGGGCACCAAGCUCACCGACUUUGGCGCGUCCCGCGUCGCCGAAGAAGACGAUCUCAUGACCAACGGCAUUGGCACGUACCAGUGGAUGGCGCCCGAAGUCAUCUCGGGGACCAACUAUGGCGCGCCGGCCGACGUUUACUCGUUUGGUAUCAUCUUGUCCGAGUUUGCGACGCACCAAGUACCGUACGCCGACAAGCGCCACCCAGAGACUGGCAAGGCCUUACCCCAGCACUACGUACUGAACCACGUUCGCGAAGGCAAGAUGCACCCGACGUUCGACGGUCCGGGUGUGCCGUCGUGGGUCCAGGACAUUGGUCUGCAGUGCUUGCAGCUGCACGAAGACAACCGUCCGACCGCACUCAUGCUCUCGGCGCUGCUCAGUCGCUGUAAGGUGUAA